UACAAGUCUAUAACCGUUAAAUUGAGCGUAUUCUUAAAAUUACGUUUUUUAUUGACACGAGGUGAUUUGAUCGCUAUGUUGGCACUGUUUCUUCUAAUAAUCCAUGAAGUGUUAUCAUUUGGGAUAAUAGACGAUUUACCAGUGCUAGAUCAUCGGGGAUGUGAUGAUUGCUUACGCGUAUAUGUCCCCGUGUGUGGAACAGAUAAAAAGACAUACACCAAUAUUUGUCGUUUGAAUUGUUUGAACAGCAAGCGGAAUCAAUCUGAAUGGGUGUUUAUUGAAAGGUAUGGACCGUGUAAUGAAGUAAGCGUAAUACUUAGUGCUCACAAAAUAGAUUAAAUACUUUUCAUCCAUACUUUUUACUAUAAUUGUUACUUAUA